AUGAGCGUUGAAGAAGCACGCUCAGAACAAACGACCUACCUCAAGCUACGGUGUGAAAGUAUUCCAACAAACUCAGAAGAAGCGUUCAAUAUCCCAACCAUUGACAUAUCACGCUCAUUUUCUGGUCACCUGCCGGACCGUCAGGCUGUAGCUGAAGAGAUUCACUCAGCGUCCGCAUCAUUCGGAUUCUUCUACCUUGCAUCUCAUGGCGUUUCUCCGACAUCAUGCUCCAAGGUCCUCGAGCAAGCAGAGAAAUUCUUCAAGACGCUGCCCUUAGAUAAGAAAGAACUCUUACAUCUUCGGCAAUCCAAAUUUGGCUCUGGGUGGGAGCCCCCGCAAUACACGAGUUUCUAUGGGGAUGUGGAGACCAAGGAGGCGUUCAAUUUCACGUUCGAAGAGGAUUUUGACAAGACUGGUGGUGAUGGAAAAUGGGUCAAUCUUGAUGGAUCCCCCGACAACGGGAACAUGUGGCCGGCUGAAGAGGACUUACCAGGCUUUCGUGGUAUCAUCAAAGACUACUACAGCGAGCUCUUGGAGCUCUCUCGUCAUCUGUUCCGCCUUUUCGCGCUAUCCCUCUCUCUACCGGAGGAUCAGUUUGACUCCGUAACCACACAUCCUGGAACUAUGGCUCGCAUGGUGUAUUAUCCUGCAGCGAAGAAUCCGAAGCCUCUACAUGCAAGUAAAGACGAGGAGAUUGGGGUCGGUGCUCAUACAGAUUUCGAGUGCUUCACUAUCCUUCUGUCAUCCUCAUGCCCCGGCCUAGAGAUUCUGAAUCCACAUGGUCGCUGGGUAUCCGUGCCGCCAUUGGCGGGAACAUUUGUCGUUAAUAUUGGCGACUUCAUGAUGCGUUGGACGAAUGGCCUCUACAAAUCCACGAUCCACAGGGUGGUUAACAGGAGUCAGGAGGAGCGCUACAGCGUUCCUUUUUUCACGAGCAUCAAUUACGAUGCAAUUGUAGAAACUCUUCCCUGUUGCGUUUCGGCCGAAAAUCCGACCAAGUAUCCACCGGUACGAGCUGGAAUAUAUAUCCUGGAGCGCCAGAAUGUUACAACAAAGGAUGGCAAGGGUUAUAUGGAGAAAUAAAGAUAAGCCAGUAUAACUUUGGAGGUUCCUUAUUUGAAGUCGAAGAAUAUACGCGGGGGAGGGGGUUGAAGUAUCCGGGCCAUCGUAAAGGGGUUGAACAAACGUCUCAAGCUAUACAUAUCCUGCAAUCUUAAUCACAGCCCGUCCAACAAGCCUCCCGGCAUUGAUGUCUUUACAGAACCUAUGAAUAUCUUCGAGUCCACCUUGCGUAAGAAUCGGAUGCACAAGACCUCGUGCUGUGAAGUCAAGCGCCUCCUCAACGUCCUUCAGCGUCCCAACUACACUUCCCACAACAUUCAACUUCCUCAGACACAUCACAAUCGGGUGCGCUCCCGCAAUGAUCGUCGGAUCGUUUGGCAGUCCCACGCACACCAUGGUUCCAUUCGGUCUUAGCAAAUGAGGUGCUUGCUCGUACCCUGCCUUAGUGG